CCAUAUUCGACGGAAAGAUGUGGCAACACUGUAACUUUUGACAGAGAUGUUAGAUCGAGUAACGACGUAGCGCGUUUGAAGCGUCAGUCGAAGGAAAUUUGUGCCAUGGAACAGUACACGCCACGCGAACGCUCUCAGAUUGUUGAAAUUUACAUUCAACAAAACAAGUCAAUUGUUAAAACUCAACGUGCAUGGAGAAAAAUAAAUAAAGUGAAAAGUGCGCCUUCCGCGAACACAUUGUAUCGUUUGUAUGAAAGAUUUUCAACUGGUGAGGCACUCACUAAUCCCAAGCGUCCAAAUAAAGUGCGACCAAGGCGAUCGGAUGAUAAUAUCGCACUCGUACAGGCCAGUGUUCAGAGGUCUCCAACAACAUCUCAAACACGUCGAUCUGAGCAGUUGGGCAUAAAACGAACCACUUUACGUCGCAUAUUGCAUCAUGAUUUGCAUUUGUUCCCAUACAAAGUUCAAGUGACGCAAAAACUGUUACCUCGUUCGAAUGCAAUCGACGGCUCGAACAUCGCUAGCUAUGGCUUAUACUUUGAUGAUGAUGAUGAUGAUGAUGAUGAUGAUGAAUAUGUUUGCGAUUUUGACCAUGUCGAUGAGGAACAUGUUGGCGAUUUUGAUGCUUUUUCACCUGGACAUUCCCAAUAUCGCGCUUUUUCUCUCGAUGGUGGUGGACUUAGCGGACCUGGUGACAAGGGACGGGUCCGGCAAAAUGAUUUUCCACCGCCACUGUGCCCGAACCACUGA